CAUAGAAUGGUCCACAAUAGGUACAACAAACAGUUGAGGUGAAGUACAGGAACAGCUUAUGGUCUGGAAGUGAGCAAGAGAAGAACAAGUUUCUGUACUUUUCCCACAUUUACCUGUUCUUUCAUAUUCACAUUGAUGAAGCAUGACCAUGAACUAGGAGUAUUUUGGAAUUCUGUGUUUUGACUAUUGGGAUUCUGUUUUUCAAAACGGCUUAUCUGUGGAAUCGAACAUCAAUUUGGACUACCUGACUGAAAAAACAUUUGGACAUUUAGACACAUUCCAACAUUAGAAUCGGGAGCUGUUUUUAUGGAUACUCAAUGUGACGAUGACACUGAAACAUUUUCUUAAAAAGAGAUUAGGAAGCAAUCAGAAAUGGUGACAGACACUCCGACUGGCCUGUCCAAAACUGGACCAGGCACUACCCUUGACGACUUCUCAUAUAAUUCCUCUAGUGCUGCCGCCUGCAACAUUGAUGAGUCCUACAAGUACAUUUUCCUUCCUAUCUGUUACUCCUUCACAUUUGUUUUUAGCAUCAGCCUUAAUUCUGUGGUGCUCUAUCGCUCCUUUCGCCGUACCAAACACUGGAAUGUGUCUCUAAUUUAUAUGGUGAACUUGGCUACUACUGACUUUAUGUAUGGCCUCUCUCUGCCAUUUCUAGUGGCCAGUUAUAUCAAGCAAGACAACUGGUACUUUGGGGACUUCAUGUGUCGCUUAGUGCGCUUUCUGUUCUACUUCAACCUGUAUUGUAGCAUUUUUUUUCUCACCUGCAUUUCUGUGCAUCGAUACCUGGGCAUCUGUCAUCCCAUGAGGACCAUCACUUUAGAGACCAAGCGGGCUGUGAAAGGCAUUUGUAUUUUGGUAUGGCUUGCUGUUUUUGCACUCACGUGUCCAAUUUUUCGAUUUGCCCAAACAGAGCACCUUCCACGGCGAAAGGACGAUGGUGCAAUAGAUUUACAUGAAAUUAAUGGUGAUGCACACAAGUCCAACACAAGUUCAAGUUCUGAGAUGUUCCAUAACUGCUGGGAUGAUGCUAUUGAUAAGGAGUUCCAAGAUUAUGUUCCUUAUGGAAUAACCCUCCAUCUCCUGGGGUUCUUUGUGCCGUUUACCAUAAUUGCAUGGUGUUACUCACGUGUGGUUAUGACUAUAUUUCGAACACUGAACUCCCAACCUCCUGCUAAUGGACCAAGGACAAGACAAGGCAGCAAGGCAGGGACAGGAGGAGAAGGCAUGUCCAUUAUUCUCGGGGCUCAUUCACCUUAUGUAAACAGGCGUCGCAAGUCUAUCAAAACCAUCAUAACCAUUACUCUCCUCUUUGUCCUUUGUUUCUUCCCCUUUCACGUUACCCGCACAAUUUUUUUAGUGCUGAAGGUGACUAGCAGGGUACAGUGCCAUACAAUGCGGAUGGUUUCCAUUUGUUACAAAAUCACUCGCCCACUAGCAUCCUUCAAUGCCUGGCUUAAUGCAUUACUCUAUUUCCUCACCAAGGAGAAAAGUGGAUCCUGCUGCAACAAACCACCACCUUCCCAGCAUGGGCUCUUUUGGCCUUUACGGAUGCUAGGAAAAGGAGGGCAUGAGGAGGAGGAUGUUGAAGAGGCAGUGAAGCAUAAAAACAAUGAACUUAAGGCAGAAAAUAACAUAUUCACAGACUUACCUUGAGAGAUAAAAAUAAAUAAAUAAAUAAUGUAACAUAUGUUUGUAAUGUUAGUAAUAUAAAUGGUCUGGAUAUAAAGUUAUAUGUAGUGGGUUAAAUCUGUGUGUG